ACCAAAAUUCUCCAGUUUCGCCUGUAGCUGUAUUUCUCCUCACUCACUCGUAUACAAUAGCAAAACCCUUGUUCGAUUUUCGCUCAAUUUCAUCAUACCUCAUCUUUUUGAUGCUGUUCUCGAUAUCCUCCAUUCUCUUUCUGUAAACAAAAAACCCUAGAAAAGAUUUUCUCAUCCUCCUGGAUUUUGUAAUUUUGAGCUUCAAAACCUGAAGAAGAUACACAGCUGAAGAGCUAAUAAUACCACUUCCGGUAAGUGAUUCUCUUUCUUUAUUUAUCUGUAACUCAAAAUGAUAACGCUUUGAUAUGUGAAAAUCAAUAGAACAAUAAGUAACACCAUUGGAGCUAUAUUGAAAAGAACUUAUACACCAUGGAGUUUGAGCCUUUAACUAUAGAUAAUGCUGUAAUAGAGUUUGAUAUGGGUUCUGGGGAAGAAGAUGGAAUUGAUAUUGAACACCCAGAUGAAGAAGAAGAGGAUUAUGGUGAUCAAAUAAUGGAAGGUUCAAUUAGUCAAGAUUUCUUUGCUUCUGACUUGGACUCAAAUCUUGAACCUUUUGAAGGUAUGGAAUUUGAGUCUGAAGAAGCUGGAAGGAUUUUUUAUAAUUCAUAUGCCCGUCGAAUUGGAUUCAGCACUAGAGUUAGUGUUUACCAUCGAUCUCGUCGUGAUGGUGCAAUAAUUUGUAGACAGAUUGUUUGUUCUAGACAAGGUUUUCGGCAUGAUAGGGAUAGAGAUGGAAAUAGCAGUGAAAGUCGAUCUAAACGUCAAAGAGCAGUUACUAGAGUAGGAUGUAAAGCGAUGAUCAUGGUGAAGAAGCAAGAUUCUGGAAAAUGGAUUGUGUCUAAAUUUGUGAAAGAACAUAAUCACGAACUAGUACCUCCGGAUAAAGUGCAUUCCCUUCGAUCACACAGGCACGUAUCAGGACCUGCACGGAGUCUAAUUGAUACUCUCCAGGCAGCUGGUAUAGGACCUAGUGGUGUCAUGUCUGUUUUAAUAAAGGAAUCUGGUGGGGCUAACAAUGUUGGGUUUACAACUGUGGAUUGUCGUAAUUACAUGAGUGGGAGUAAGCAGAAGACUCUUGGGACUGGAGGUCAGCAUGUUUUAGGUUAUCUGAGAAAAAUGAGAGCAGAGAACCCUAACUUCUUCUUUGCAAUUCAAGGUGAUAAUGAUCACUCCACUGGGAAUAUACUAUGGGUUGAUGCAAAUUCUAGGAUGAACUACAACUACUUCGGAGACACAGUUACAUUUGACACUACAUACAGGACAAACAGAUACAGGGUUCCUUUUGCUCCAUUCACAGGGUUGAAUCAUCAUGGACAACCUGUAUUGUUUGGUUGUGCUAUAAUUCUUAAUGAAUCUGAGGCCUCUUUUGUUUGGUUAUUUGAGACUUGGCUUUCUGUGAUGUCGGGAACCCAUCCUAUCUCAAUCACGACUGACCAAGAUAGAGUUAUACGCGCAGCUGUGUCCCAUGUCUUCCCAAACACUCGCCAUCGGUUUUGUAGGUGGAGCAUAUUUAGAGAAGCCCAGGAGAAGUUGUCUACUGUUUAUCAAUCAUAUCCUAAUUUUGAAGCAGAAUUUCGUAAGUGUGUUAACAUGACUGAGACAAUCGAUGAAUUUGAGAUGUGUUGGGAAACGCUACUCCAGAGAUUCGGUCUUGUGGAAAAUGAAUGGUUUCAGUCGAUGUAUCUUGUUAGGGAACAGUGGGUUCCAGUGUAUCUGCGGGAUACUUUCUUUGGUGAUAUGUCAAUAACUCAAAGUAGUGAUAGUAUAAACUCAUAUUUUGACGGGUAUAUAAAUGCGUCGACAACUAUACAGAUAUUGGUUAAGCAGUACGAGAAAGCCAUAGCAAGUAGGCAUGAAAAGGAAGUUAAAGCAGAUUAUGAUACAUUAAACACAGCGCCAGUGCUUAAAACCCCUUCACCAAUGGAGAAACAAGCAGCAAGCCUCUUUACCAGAAGAAUGUUCAUGAAAUUCCAAGAGGAAUUAGUUGAGACUCUUGCUAUAACUGCUACUAAAACCGAGGACUCAGGGACAAUCACCACGUAUCGAGUAGCCAAAUUUGGGGAAGAUCACAAGGCUUACUCAGUUUCGUUUCAUGUUUUCGAAAUGAAAGCGAGUUGUAGUUGCCAAAUGUUUGAAUUUUCAGGAAUUGUCUGUAGGCACAUGCUGGCAGUUUUCAAAGUAACAAAUGUUCUUACGCUGCCAUCUCAAUAUGUGCUGAAGAGAUGGACGAGAAAUGCCAGGAGCGGUGUGGUAGUGAAUGAACGCGCUGUGGAAUUGCCCAAUAAUUCUCGGGAGUCAUUGACUCUGCGUUUCAACAAUCUACGCCAGGAGGCAAUUAAAUUUGUGGAGGAAGGAGCUAAAUCUUUGCAUACAUAUAACGUGGCAAUUGAGGCUCUACAUGAAGUUGCCAAGAAAGUUGCUGCUGCAAAAGGGCCGGGUAUUGGCGUUGGAUCUCUGGUAAAUGGAAGCCAUCAAGAAGUUAAUGCCAGUGAAGGAAAUCAGUCAGGACAGUCUCAGUCUUUCACCCCGGACGAGAAGGACAAGAAGAUUUUAGAGUUGAUGAAUGAGCUGGACACCGUAAAUCAACGAUGUGAAAUAUACCGAGGAAAUCUUCUUGGAGUCUUGAAAUACAUGGAAGAACAAAAGUUAAAGCUAUCAGUAAAAGUUCAAAAUGUGAAGCUUAACUUGAAAGACUAAAAAGUUUACUAUGCCAAAGACACUGUCACGGAAUUAUCUACCUUCAUUCAUGAACUACUAGCACCAGAUAGUUUGAAAGGUCAGGCAUAAACACAAUCUCUGUUUUCAUUUAUUUCCAUUAGAUUAGAUUGUUACUGAAUUUUAUCUUUAUUUUUCAUUUCUCUUCUUCGAUUUCUAUAAUGAUGUGUAAUGUAAUGACGAAUCAUUAAUGUUCUGGUUUCUGCGAGCUCCUUUGUGUGUUGGUUUAAAAGAGCUAAAACAGGACCACAAGGUUUUCUGGGUCAAAAGAUAAAUAUGAACCAAAUGAAUGACAGAGAUCUAACCA